AUGGAGGAAGACUCAGAUGCCCAGACCACCUCGAAGCAGGCUGUCAAGGUCCAUGUGAAGACAUGGAUCGUCGUUAUUUGCGUCAACUUUGCCUACUUCUCUCAACUCACAGCCGUCAUCGGUUCGGGCUUCCUAGCCCAACCGAUUGCCCAGCUUCUGGGCGGCGCCUCGCAGACCAUGUGGUUCAACCAAUCCAUCAACCUCCUCGGAAUUGCAAUCUGUCUGCCUGUGUCCCAGAUGGCUGAUUACUGGGGUAGAAGAUGGGUUCUCAUAGUGCUACUCACUAUCGGCUUCGCAGGUACCAUGGUGGUUGCCCGAGCCCAGAAUGUCGCAACCGUGAUUGCCGGGUUUGUCUUGAUUGGUAUCAGCUAUGGUGCCACGCCUGUCUUGUUUGCAGUACCGUCAGAGAUCCUCCCUCGGAGCCAACGCUCUAUUGCUCAGUCGACCAUCAAUAUGUCGUCCAGCAUCGGUGGGAUCCUUAGUUUGGUCAUGGGCGGACUACUACUUCGACAUAACCGCCUUGAAAACUAUAGGGUGUUUUUCUAUGUUGUGGCGGCCUUCUUUGGUCUCUCAUUCUUAGGAAUCCUGUUUUUUUAUUAUCCACCGCCAAGAGAAGAACAAGUCUCGCUUAAGCUGACCCAGAAGCUGCGGAGACUAGAUUGGGUCGGCUAUACGCUUUUCGCUCCUGGAUUGACCCUAUUUUCUAUCGCCCUUUCGUGGUCUAAGAAUCCAUACCCUUGGUCUGACGCACACAUCAUUGCUCCCUUCGUUCUGGGUAUGGUUUUGAUUAUCGGUUUUAUUCUCUACGAGUGGCUGGUCAAAAAGGAUGGUAUCUUUAAUCACGCCGUUUUCACCCACCGCAAUAUAGUUAUCUCGCUCCUAGCUGUGUGGAUUGACGGGGUUUCCUUCUAUACCGCUAAUACUUAUUUCGCGCAGCAGUUCGGCAUGUUUACUGGAAAUGAUAUGUUAAUCUCUGGCAUCGCAUUCGGCAUGUUUUUCAUAGUUGGUGGUCUAGCCACCAUCAUCUUCGGCUGGGCAUCAACCAAGUACCGGAUUGUUCGCAUGCCUGGCAUCCUCUGUUUAGCCCUAAUAGUCCUAUUCAACGUUCUCAUGGCGACGACCACACCCUCGACGCCUGAGGCAAACUAUUGGGGCUAUGCCGUCUUUGCUGGUCUUGGCCUCGGAGGUACCAUACCAACCUUCAUGGUCGCUGCACAAUUGACCACGCCGCCAGAAUUGAUCUCUCUGGUAUCCGGGCUUGUCAGCGUCGCUCGACCAAUCGGCGGCGUCGUUGGCCUAGCCAUCAACAACGCCAUCUUCCACGACAGCCUUUCCACGGAGCUACGCAAGAAAAUCUCAGCAGCAGUCAUUCCUCUUGGCUUUUCGGCUUCAUAUAUGGAUGCUCUGAUUUCAGCUGUGACAGGUGGCGACGAUGGAGCACUCUCCGAGAUCUCUGGUGUGACACCCGACAUCAUCGCUGCAGCCCAAGGUGGUCAGAUGAAGGCCUACGGAAUUGCGUUCAGAAACUGCUGGAUUGCGGCCGCCUUCGCCUUUUGGGCUAUAGACCCUCGCUCAGAGUUCAAGGAACAUAUCGACGCCCCCGUUGAAGUUGAAGUUGCAGAAGAGCAGAAGCGAUUGGAGGCUCUUCAAGUGGAGAAUGUAAAGGAUAAGUUGAAAGGUGGCAAGGCUUGA